AUGUUUUUUCUUUCUCUUUAUGUUUCAGAAUUUAUCAAUCUGAUUUCAUCAGAAUCCAAUGAAGUAUGUAACAGGGAAGACAGAAAAACAAUUGCUCCAGAACAUGUCCUCAAGGCUUUAGAGGUUCUUGGAUUUGCGGAGUAUAUUGAAGAAGUAUAUGCUGCAUAUGAGCAGCACAGGCUGGAGACCAUGGACACAAUGAGAGGUGGAAAAUGGAGCAAUGUAGCAGAGAUGACGGAAGAGGAAGCACUUGCGGAGCAGCAAAAGAUUCGCGUAAUGUGCUACGGCGUCGUCGGACUCGGCCUCCACCAACAACACACUCUCGGCGUUGUAAUCGAUCUCGACCUGGCUGUCCUCGUUGUCCCAGCUUGUCAAAUCUUUGAAUAA